CGGAACUAUCGCUUCUCUCCCCGUGCGCCGCCCCGGAUUGGUUUGUGUGCGUACGACACAGACAGACCACAACAAACUGAUUUCAACCGAAGCAGGAAAAACAAAAAUAUAUUUAUUUAUAUAUAUAUACAAAAAUAAAACAUAAAAAAACUACUUAAGUUUCGGGUACAAAUGUCAGAUCCCGAAGCGCCUAUCAGUGGAGCAGAGGCAGACAGCUUGCAGGAGCCUCAGCCAGGGUGACGUCUCUCUUGUGUUUCGCUCAGGAGGAAGAGAGCAGUCCAGCAGAGGGAUCGACGGAGGACCCAGAGAUGGAUUUCCUGCGGUCUCUCUUCGCUAGGAUGCAGGGGCUCGGUUCUGGUCCUGUGGAGCAGGUUCUGGAUGAGCUCAGCCUGGAGGGCAUGGCCCGAUACAUGCAGAGCGGAGACUGCAAAAAUGUCAUCUGCAUGGUGGGCGCCGGGAUAUCCACAUCUGCUGGGAUUCCUGAUUUCCGCUCCCCCGGGACUGGCCUGUACAGCAACCUGCAGAAAUACAACCUGCCCUGCCCUGAGGCCAUCUUUGAGAUUGGAUACUUCAAGCAACACCCCGAGCCAUUCUUCACCCUGGCCAGGGAGCUGUACCCCGGGCAGUUCAAGCCCACAGUGUGCCAUUACUUUAUGUGCAUGCUGAAGGAGAAAGGCUUGCUGAGGCGCUGCUACACACAGAACAUCGACACGCUGGAGCGAGUGGCUGGGCUGCAGGAAGAGGACCUGAUUGAAGCCCACGGCACCUUCCACACCUCGCACUGCCUCAACUUCCUGUGCAGAGAGGAGUACGGGCUGCCCUGGAUGAAAGAAAAGAUCUUCUCGGAGGAGAUUCCCAAGUGCGAAAAAUGCAACAGCCUCGUGAAGCCAGACAUCGUGUUUUUCGGGGAGAGUCUUCCCGCUCGCUUCUCCUCCUCCCUGCGCUCGGAUUUCCCCCGUUGUGACCUGCUGAUCAUCAUGGGGACGUCUCUCUCAGUGCAGCCCUUUGCAUCCCUUGUCAUGAAGGUUCCUCCCAAGACUCCUCGCUUGCUGAUAAACAGAGAGAAGACGGGUGAGAGCGAUUCUCUGAUGAGUUUCAUGGGAAUAGGAGGAAUGGACUUUGACUCUGAGAAAGCGUACAGGGAUGUAGCGUUCCUGGGAUCCUGUGAUGACGGCUGCCUGGCUCUUGCGGAGAUGCUCGGUUGGAAGGACGAGUUGGUUGCCAUGGUAACCCGCCAGCACGCCGCCAUCGAUGCGUUGGAGGGGGGAGGGGCCUCAGCCAGCAUGGCCAAUAAGAGCAGCGGGGCAGGGGAUAAGGGGGAGGGGCUGGAGCAGAAAGACAAGCCUGCUGACCAAUCGGGUGCAGGAGAGAGGGGGAAGGAGGACUGACUCGGAGACAGAGGGACUGACCCUCCUCUGCAUCCACCUUUCUGUUCCUCUCCACCUUUCUCCCUGUCCUCUCCUCCCCUCUCUCUCACACCUGCCUUCUCUUCGCUUCUCCUCUCCCCUGCACCCUCUCGCCCCUCUCGUCAGAGACUGUCCUCUCAUUUGUAAGAUCUCGUUCAGAUCUGUUUGUGUUUUAGUUUAGUUUUUUUUUUAACUCCUCAAUCUGUUGUAUUAUAUUUUGUUUGUUAGAAACUCGACUGGAGCAAAAUCAGUGAUCCGAGGAAAUAAAAGUAAAAGAUAAAAA